UCACUUCACUUCACCAUGGGCAUACUUCUAUUCACCCACCAGCCCUCCUCACACACGUCUUGGAACAUCGACGUUGAUUUUGCUUGCUGCCCGGAUCCACCCAAGACCACCCCCAUUUGCCACAUCGCGGCCCUUUGCCUGCUACCUACCCGCCCCGUCAAAAUGCCGCACAGCGUUUCAGGCGCGUAUGUAGUCAAUAUCGCCCGCCAGGUCACGCCCGCCAGCUGCACCCCUUUCCGUGCAAUGCGGUGCCUCUUGUCUUGUCUUGUCCGUGCAUUUUUUUCCUAUCUCACAGGUAAUUGCUGGUCGGUUGUUUUGCUCAUUCCUUUUUUCUCCGGCCAGCUGAGCACAGAGUAUCCAAACCAAAUGCAGCCUGCCAGCCCCAUGUCUGUACUUGCAUAUGUAUCCAAGGCAGGUAAUUAUACAGACAGAAUACAAGCAUGUACCUGCUCCAUGCCCAGAGUGUGUACCUUUAAUCCGCUAGCUAGGCCUGGUUAGUACCAACACUGCAUUUUGAAUCGAUUCAAAUCCUACAGUAAAUCUAAACAUGGCCUGUAAAUAGUCAUGUACAUAGGACAGCUCAAGAACUGGCAACUGUUCAGGAAUGCUGCGUCACGUCGCCUUGCAUCUGUAGUCAGUCAAGUAGACGAAUCGUGUGAUGCUGAAACGCCAUUCCAUCAUGUUCGCAGGGAUUGGCUGUCGCGCCACUGCUGUUCGUCGUCACCUUAGUCGUCAAUCCUCAUCUCCCUACCUUUCACCUACUUACGUCGACGUUUCCAACCUUUUUGGCAUUUCUCGACAACUUACCUGCCCUACAGUACAAUACAUCAAGCAGGCAGUCCUCAAACCCUUGUCUUUUAUCUAACCCUCUCCGACUGCGAACCCCAGGACACAGCUCGUUCGGCUUUGUGGACGGCGUAUUCCCGGCAUUCUUUUUGAACAACAUUGGAAACAUUCCACCUCACCCGUGUGCGACCGAAUGCGCCCCCCGCCAUCCACCAACAAUGACAGACACCAUUCGUGGUCUUCUUAAAAGAUCCGAUUGCGCUAGCGACGCCCUCGAGAAGGAAACCAUCGCCGAAAAGCCAAUAUGGAAGAAGCUCACCUUCCAUCAUUUGGGGCUCAUCUUGUCGGCAACCUUCGGCGCCAUUGCUGUAGUGGUCGCCUUUUUCUUGAUAAUGAAACAUGCAAACCAUUACUUAAAACCCUACGAGCAGAAACAUAUCAUUCGGAUUCUCGUCAUGAUACCCAUCUACGCCGUCGUGUCCUUUCUCAGCUACCUAAAUUACCGCCAUGCCAUAUACUUUGAGCUUAUCCGCGACUGUUACGAAGCAUUCGCCAUUUCCAGCUUUUUCACACUCUUAUGCCAUUACAUCGCGCCCGAUCUUCACGAACAAAAGGCUUAUUUCCGAGGUGUGACGCCGAAAAAUUGGGUGUGGCCCGUGAAUUGGAUGCAGAAAUGCACGGGGGGAGAGGACAAGGGCUGGCUGAGGAAACCCCAGAGUGGGCUCACGUGGUUCAACGUUAUUUGGAUAAGCGUAUUCCAAUAUUGCUUGAUUCGCCCUUUCUUCACCGUCGUCGCAGUCAUAACCCAAUCUCAAGGCCGAUAUUGCGCCAGCUCCAAGAAUCCAAAAUAUGCCUAUAUCUGGGUUGCAGGGUUUGAAGCUGUGUCCGUCACCAUCGCCAUGUACUGUUUGAUCCAAUUCUACAUCCAACUUAAGCAGGACCUUGCCCACCACAGUCCAUUUCUGAAGGUGCUCUGCAUCAAACUGGUCAUCUUCUUUUGUUUCUGGCAGAGCUGGAUCAUUUCCCUGCUCACUGCUGAAGGUGGGCCCCUCAAGGCGACGGAUACAAUUGCCGGUCCGGAUCUUAGGAUAGGCAUACCUUCUAUGAUGACCUGCGUAGAGAUGGCUAUCUUCGCCGUGCUACAUCUCUGGGCAUUUCCCUGGAAGCCGUACGAUUUUAGCAGACGACAUGAGCCGUUGCGACAAGGGACGGGGCCUGUGGCAAGGGAAACACCGAAGACCUAUGUUUAUGGACCUUUCCGAGCUCUCCUUUCCGCCCUCAACCCUUGGGAUAUCGUCAAAGCUUGUAGCCGGGGUUUCCGUUGGUUAUUCUACGGCCACCGUCAUCGCAAACAAGACCCCUCUUAUCAAAAUAAACUCGUCUCCAUGACUCCCAAUGACACUAGCUACCACAGCCAAGCCUUUGCAGAGAAUGGAGAGGCAAAUCUCAGCAGCGCUAAUCCGGGGAGGAAGAAUAAGAAGGAUGGAUUUGACGAAUCCGACACGUCUGGUCUGCUAAGAAAUGCCCAGGCUAACCCGUAUCAUAUGCAGGAGAUGGAUUCUUACACCGGUACACAUGGAUACAUGAAUCCGGACAGUCUCCCUGCGGCACCAUUACCCGGUCAGGAGUAUCAUGUGUCAUCCGCACCUCAACAGAACGGAUACACGGACUUUGAGUCGCAGCAAAUGUCACAUCAAGGGCCACCCGAAAGACAGGCACCACCAGGACAAUAUUUUGGUGGUUCGGGACGGCCAAGUGCGGAUUGGGAUAUGUUCGCAGGCGCGAGACCUGGUGAAAUAGCCCCCGGAAAGGGACCGGGAGCUUCGUACGAUAGAUUUUGAGCGGCAUUGGUGGCGUUAUGUGUUUUUGGUUGGCAGGCGUUCUGGUUGUACUAGUACAGAGGGGCCUUUCUUUGGGCCUUAAACUUUGCUUCUCGCCAUUCGAUACCC